AUGAAGCACGCGAGUGGCAGCACCUGUUACCUUUCUGACUUUAAAACGAGUGUGAAACCUGCGUUUUACGUUCCAUGCGCAAUACACCCACUUCUUUAUGAAGAUUCAUCAAAUACAAGUCGAUGUGGCUCAGUUUUGAGCAGUCCCUUGGACUUUGGCUUUGUUGUCCCGCCUCGCGGCACAAAUCCGAUUCUGAGCGAUCCAAAUUUCAACCCUCCAAUGUUUUUAAACUCCAGCAAGGAGCAGGUUUGCUGUUCAUCGGCACCACAUUCCCCAUUUCUCAUCUUCGAUGACGAAGUAGAUGUAUAUUGA